AUGACUAAGGUGGAGGGCCUGGGGCGCUCCGCGCUGCCGCUGUCGAUGGACGUGAGGGACAGGGGGAGCGUUGACGACGCCAUGAGGGAGGUGGAGAGGGUCUAUGGCGGCCUGGACGUGCUGGUGGCCAACGCCGGGAUCCUGGGGCUGAUGCAGCCGCCAGAGGAGCUGGACGAGGAGAACUACAAGAACGUGUUUGCGGUCAACGUGGACGGCGUGCUGCACGCCACGCGCGCCGCCUACCCCCUCCUGAAGAAGAGCGGUUGCGGCAAAAUCGUGAUCACCAGCAGCGUCGCCGGCCUGACUGGGUACGGUCCACAGCUGGCCUACUGCGCCAGCAAGGGGGCGGUCAUACCCCUGGCCAAGAGCCUCGCCCUGGCAUGGGCCAAGGACGGCAUCAAUGUGAAUGUGGUGCUGCCAGGUGCAGUCAACACGCCGUUCACGACGCGCAUUCUGGAUGACCCUCACAAGCUGUCUUACAUUCUCAAUCGAAUCCCCCUGGGGCGCCUGGCCGAGCCCGAGGACAUCGUGGGUCCCAUUCUGUUCCUCUCAUCUCACGCGGCAGACUAUUGCACGGGCUCUCUGCUGGUCGUUGAUGGCGGCGGCACCAGCCGGGCCAUGGCGCAGUGA